AUGCGCAAUGCACGCAUGAGUCGAUGUACUGCUCGCGCAGACGUGUGUGCCGCUCCAAAACUCUCCUUGCCAAUGUGGAGCUUGAGCACCCAAUUCUGCUCGAUCCGUCUUCAUGGACUCGCCGUUGUCAUCUUGCCAAAACACGAGUGUCUGGAGGGAGCCAGAUCACGUGCACGAGCGGCUUGCAUGAAUACCGUACGUUGCCAGAAGCGCGUAAGUGCAUGCGCGCGUGUACCAUCUGUCGGCUCACUGACGCGACGUGACGAGCAGGGUAUGAAGGAGAAGUCCGUUGGGCGAGUCGAUCGAACCAUUCGUCAGGCUUGGGUUGUCAUGGUCCGGUAG